GGCCGCGCAGGCGCGAUGGCGGCGCGGGCGGCGAUGGCGGCGGUGGCGGGCGGCGGGGCCCGGCCCGCGGUGGUGCUGGGCGCGAUGGAGAUGGGCCGGCGAGCGGGGCCCGAGGCGAGCGCCGAGCUGCUCCGAGCCUUCCUGCGCCGCCGACACCGCCUCCUCGACACCGCCUUCAUGUACGCGGGCGGAGAGUCCGAGCGCAUCCUGGGCGCGCUGCUGGCCGGCGGCACCGAGCCCGUGGAAGUGGCCACCAAGGCCAACCCGUGGGAUGGGAAGACUCUGAAGCCGGAGAGCGUGCGGUCCCAGCUGGACACGUCCCUGGAGAGGCUGCAGAGGACGAGUGUGGAGCUCUUCUACCUCCAUGCUCCUGACCACGGGACCCCAGUGGAGGAGACCCUGCGUGCCUGCAAUGAGCUGCACAAAGAGGGGAAGUUUAAAGAGCUUGGCCUGUCAAACUACGCUGCAUGGGAGGUGGCAGAAAUAUGUGCCAUCUGCAAGUACAACAACUGGGUGAUGCCAACUGUGUACCAGGGAAUGUACAACGCGACCACUCGCCAGGUGGAGACCGAGCUGUUCCCCUGCCUGCGGCACUUCGGGCUGCGCUUCUACGCCUACAACCCACUGGCAGGGGGGCUGCUGACCGGCAAAUACAAGUACGAAGACAAAGACACGCGCCAGCCCACUGGGAGAUUUUUUGGGAAUGACUGGGCUCAGGCCUACAGGGACAGGUACUGGAAAAAACACAAUUUUGAGGGAAUUGCACUGGUAGAAAAAGCUCUAAAAGAGGCUUAUGGCUCCACUGCACCCAGCCUGGCUUCCGCUGCACUGCGCUGGCUCUACAACCACUCCAAACUGCAGGGUUCUCUUGGAGAUGCAGUGAUCAUUGGGAUGUCCAACUUGGAGCAGCUGGAGCAGAACCUCAACUACAGUGAGGAGGGUCCCCUGCUGCCAGCCGUGGUGCAGGCAUUUGACCAGGCCUGGAACCUGAGUGCACACGACUGCCCCAACUACUUCCGCUAGGGAAGGCUCUG